ACUCACGAAAUGCCCAAGUAAGUGUCUUCAUUGAUUGGUACGUGCCAUUAUAAUCUUUGGUCUCAUCCUAUUAACCCACCACCUUGUGUUCCAUUUUGAUGCAAAAAAUCAAAACCUGAUUCAUAAAGGAACGAACUUGGGAUUUGUUUUCUCGGAGAUGGCGUUGGUUAAGGUUGAUUUUGAGGUUGGAAGUGAUGGGGUCGCCGUUAUCACCAUGUGCAACCCACCUGUGAAUGCCUUGGCUAUUCCAAUUAUAAAGGGGUUGAAAGAUAGAUUCGAUGAGGCAGCGAGGAGGAAUGAUGUGAAAGCUAUAGUUUUGACUGGCAAAGGUGGGAGAUUUUCGGGUGGCUUUGACAUCAGUGUUAUGCAGAAGGUUCACCAAACUGGUGAUAUUACACUUGUCCCUGAUGUGUCUGUGGAACUAGUGGUCAAUACAAUUGAAGAUUCGAAGAAGCCUGUUGUUGCGGCAGUGGAGGGGCUUGCUCUUGGAGGUGGCUUAGAACUGGCCAUGGGAUGCCAUGCACGUGUUGCAGCUCCAAGAACUCAACUGGGUCUGCCAGAACUGACACUUGGUAUUAUUCCUGGAUUUGGAGGCACUCAGCGUCUUCCAAGGCUUGUUGGGCUGCAUAAAGCAGUUGAAAUGAUGCUGUCAUCUAAACCAAUCAUGUCAGAAGAAGGGAAGAAACUUGGACUUGUUGAUGCUAUUGUGUCUUCUGAGGAGUUACUAAAGGUAUCUCGACUGUGGGCACUUGAAAUUGGAGAGAGGCGCAAACCUUGGAUUCGUUCACUUCAUAGGACAGACAAGCUUGGUUCCUUGUCUGAAGCACGUGACGUGUUGAGAACUGCCCGACAACAUGUCAAGAAGAUUGCUCCACAUAUGCCUCAGCAGCAGGCUUGCAUAGAUGUGAUUGAGCAUGGAGUAGUUCAUGGAGGAUACAGUGGGGUUUUAAGGGAAGCAGAAGUUUUCAAGCAGUUGGUCAUAUCUGACACCUCGAAAGGCUUAAUUAAUGUCUUCUUUGCUCAACGGGCAAUAUCAAAGGUGCCUGGUGUAACUGAUAUUGGCCUUAAGCCAAGAAAAGUGAAAAAAGCUGCUGUUAUUGGGGGAGGUCUAAUGGGUUCUGGCAUUGCUACAGCUCUUAUAGUGAGCAACAUUCAUGUUAUACUCAAGGAAAUCAAUUCUGAAUAUCUUCUGAAGGGAAUAAAAACAAUAGAAGCAAAUGUUCGUGGCUUAGUAACAAGAGGAAGAUUGACAAAACAGAAGGCAGAUGGAGCACUAUCAUUGCUUAAAGGUGUUCUGGAUUACAAAGAAUUUAAAGAUGUGGACAUGGUAAUUGAGGCUGUAAUUGAGAAGAUCAGUCUCAAACAAGCUAUAUUUAGUGAUCUUGAGAAGUUCUGUCCUCCACACUGCAUUUUAGCAACAAACACAUCAACUAUUGACCUUAACAUCGUUGGUGAAAAGACCAGCUCUCAAGAUCGCAUCGUGGGUGCUCAUUUUUUCAGUCCAGCUCACAUUAUGCCCCUUUUGGAGAUUGUACGGACUGAUAAAACUUCUGCACAACUAAUUCUUGAUCUGAUGAUGGUUGGUAAAAUCAUAAAGAAGUCUCCUGUUGUGGUGGGUAACUGUACUGGCUUUGCAGUGAAUAGAACAUUCUUCCCAUAUUCACAAGGUGCCCAUUUAUUGGUCAACUUGGGCGUGGACGUUUUCAGAAUUGACAGAUUGAUAAGCAAUUUUGGCCUUCCAAUGGGUCCUUUCCAGCUUCAAGACUUGUCUGGCUAUGGAGUUGCCAUGGCAGUUGGAAAAGAAUUUGCUGGUGCAUUUCCUGAUCGCACCUUUCGAUCUCCACUACUCGAUCUUUUGAUCAAAAGUGGGCGAAAUGGUAAAAACAAUGGGAAAGGAUACUACAUUUAUGAAAAGGGUAGCCGACCAAAACCUGAUCUCUCAGUACUGCCAAUUGUUGAGGAGUCUAGAAGACUGUGUAAUAUCAUGCCUGGUGGAAAGCCUAUAUCUGUUACUGACCAAGAGAUUGUGGAGAUGAUACUCUUCCCAAUCGUGAAUGAGGCAUGCCGUGUUUUAGAAGAAGGAGUUGUUAUUCGAGCAUCAGACCUUGAUAUAGCAUCUGUUCUUGGAAUGAGCUUCCCAAAUUACCGGGGUGGUCUUGUUUGCUGGGCAGAUUUGGUUGGGGCUGAUCAUGUAUAUACCAGCCUAAAAAAAUGGGCACAAUUAUAUGGUAACUUCUAUAAACCAUCAAGGUAUUUGGAAGAAAGAGCGGCUAAAGGCAUUCCUUUGAGUGCACCUGCUUCAUCUAUUCCAAAGUCAAAGGCGCGCCUAUGAGAAGGAAAUGAUUUCUUGAAGUAUGCAGCAUGUUGGAUGUCAUUGGAUAGGAAAUAUAACUCGUUAUAUUUACUUCCUUCCAAAUUUAAAUUAUAAAUUGAGUUUGGUUUCCCAAAAUUAUAUUUUCACCCCUACCCACCACAAAACAAAACUAGAAUUUAUGAAGGAAAAGAAUUGUUUCUUGUGACGUGAUGAGGUAAAGUCUUCGUCUGCUACACUUUGAACAUGCAUCUUCAAAAUAAUUAUUGGGAUUAACUACAAUCCCCUCUAUUGAACGCUCCUGAGAAGUAUAAGCUGAAUUCCUUCUAGUUUGGUAUAUAUAUAUAUAUAAGCUGUUAUAUUGCGUUGG